AUCCACACUGGGGCGUGUCUCCGCAAGCUUCCCGGGACCAUUACCCACUUUUUCAGAUUUUGGCAGAUCUAAGCUAAGCUAAGCUAUAAACACAAAAUCCGAGGCAUUAGAAAGAAAAUAAAAAUAAUAAUGAAAAUUUGAAAGAGCUCGUUUGACGAGAAAAACACUUCCCUAAAAAGAAUAAAUGGAGUCCGAGCUCAAAGACAUGAGUUCCGCCGUACAUUCGCCGGAACCCAAAUCGGCCGAGUCGAUCCCCGACGAUGGUUCCUUUGCCAAGGACGACCGUCCUCUUCUCAAGCCGGAACCCUCCUCCGCCGCUGUCUCCGGAGACAGCCUCGAGGAGAUGGAGAAGAAAUUUGCGGCGUAUGUACGCAAUGAUGUGUACGGACCCAUGGGACGCGGCGAGUUGCCGUUGCUAGAGAAGGUUCUACUCGGUUUAGCUAUGGUUACUUUGGUGCCGAUUCGAUUGGUGGCUGGUAUGGCCGUUUUGGUACUAUAUUACUUGAUUUGUAGGAUUUGUACUCUGUUUUGGUCUUCGAAUCGAGAAGAGGACCUUGAAGAGGAAGAGGAUUACGCUCACAUGGGUGGGUGGAGGAGGGCCGUCAUCGUUAGCUGUGGGCGAAUCCUCUCUAGGGUUAUGCUUUUAGUGUUUGGGUUUUAUUGGAUCAAUGAGACUUAUCGGAUUCUCACUACUGAUCCCAAGUCAAACACCGAGAAUGAAAGCAAAGACGAGUCUGAAGAGCUUGAAAGGCCUGGGGCUAUUAUAUCUAACCAUGUCUCAUAUGUAGAUAUCUUGUAUCACAUGUCUUCUUCAUUUCCAAGCUUCGUUGCCAAGAGAUCAGUGGCUAGGCUUCCUCUAGUUGGGCUUAUCAGCAAAUGCCUCGGUUGUGUCUUUGUCCAGCGGGAGUCAAGGUCCUCUGAUUUCAAGGGUGUUGCAGCUGUUGUUACUGAAAGGGUUUCCCAAUCUUAUCAGGAUGAGUCUGCACCUCUAAUGAUGCUUUUUCCAGAAGGCACAACUACAAAUGGAGACUUUCUUCUCCCAUUCAAGACAGGUGCUUUUCUGGCAAAAGCUCCAGUUCUUCCAGUGAUCCUGAGAUAUCCUUAUCAGAGAUUUAGUCCUGCAUGGGACUCGAUAUCUGGGGUCCGCCACGUGUUUUUGCUUCUCUGUCAAUUUGUUAAUCACCUGGACGUGACUCGAUUACCCAUCUACUAUCCAAAUGAGCAGGAGAAGAAUGAUCCAAAACUUUUUGCUGAUAAUGUCAGAAGAUUUAUGGCUAAAGAGGGUAAUUUGGUAAUGUCGGAUAUUGGACUGGCUGAAAAGAGAAUUUAUCAUGCUGCUCUCAAUGGUAAUAAUAGCCUGCCUACUGUUUUGCAUCAGAAAGACGAUUGAUAAAUUAGAGGCCAGGCCUCCCCAAAUGUUAUGUAGUCGCGGUUGAGUUUCUUAGUUUUUAGUGGUACAUUGUUCAUGAUGCACAAUCACACUAUCACCACCCCUUUAAUUUAACUGGGCAUUAUCAAGUGUGUGUGCCAUUAUUGACGUGUAACUUAUUUAUGGAAAUGCACGACCAAUGAAGAUGAAUAAUGGUUUUAAUUAUAAUUGAAGCUCACGUUUAAUACAUUGUCCUCUCUCUCUCUCUCUCUCCAAGUUAAUGUUUUUCAACCCUUCCGGAGAAAUGUUUGCAUAUGUAAAUCUGAAUGAUCUCUUUCGUGUCCCUGCAGGUAUGUUAUCCCAAAGCUAAUUUCGGAUUCGCCAUCUGUAAAUUCAUUGUAUGCUUCUACUAUUUUAGAUUGGAAAUAUGAUAAUAUAUAUACCAGGAAAAUCAUGUUCAGGACAAAGUAAUUAUUUUUGCUUACAUCAAUUGGAAAAUGUAAUCUGGUUAUGGAAUUUUUCUUUUAA